UGAUUGUUAACGUUAUAGACUAAUUGAACGGAAAUUAUGAACGGAUCUGGGUUUGACUGGCUUCAGGCUAGUUCGACAAACAACAGUGGUUCUGUUCUGCCUGCACCUAUGGUCUCAUUCGGUGGCAAUGAUGGUGAUAACAAUGGUAAUACGACAGGUAUCUACAAUACCAGUACUCCUUCUUUACAGGUAUCUAACAAUGGAGGAGGAGGAGGUCAUGACUCACAAGGAGUGUUAUUUCCUCCCGAUAGGAACCAUUUGGCUGUCCUGUCAAGCAAUGGAAGCUAUACAAACAAUAAUGGGCUUAGUUCAAGCCCUCAUCAUCAAUCAAUGCUUGAUAUCUCUAUUGCGUCACCUGUGACUAAUCCGAACAAUCCGAUUGCAUCCAAUCCAAAUCUUGUGAGACCUCAUGCUAACUCUCUUCAAAUACCAGGGACUAGCAGAAGUAGUAGUGUGAGCGAUAGUUCAUCUCGUCCAACGCUUCACACCCAAGAAAGUAGUAUCCCACUCUCGCUUCAAACCCACGAACUUACAUUCCAAGAAUCAAAGACAUACAUGAGGUGGUACAGUGACAUCUUGGCCCGUACAAAUGCCAGAACCAUUAGCAUGUCGGAUGUCUAUUCAUUCUUGAGCAACUUCAAAAUAUCAGAAGCCUCAAAAGAGAAGAUUAACAAGAUUUUUGUUAAAAAUCUCAGAUCCAUAAACAUCGGGGAGUUUUUUGCUCUCUUACGAUUGAUUUCUCAUACUCUCAAUGGUCAAGAACCUUCACGUACCCUCAUCAAAAUUCAGGCUCCUACACCAUCUCCACCUUCAAUUCUUUCUAAGAAACGUCACACAGAAGAUGAUGGAGAAGAUGACCUGCCUGAAGCGGAUACAGUGGUCCCAGACACAAAUAAUAUCAUGAAUAACAUUGGCAAUAAUGAUCCACAGAAACCUUUGGAUUUGGAUAGCUUUACCCAGUUUAUGCUCACUGGUGAGAGACCUGAGGAAACGCAACAAAAAAAGAGAAGAUCAAAGAAAUCUAAGUCUGUUAAGUUUUCAGAUCAAAUAGUUACGGAUAUUCACGAUGCAGAUUCAUUGACAAACAGUGUUUCAUCUCCAUCACCUCAGCCACCUCAACAAGAUAUUGAUUAUUCAUUACCAAUGGAUCAACUUCUUGGGAAGAUCAGACAAUCACAAGCCGUGCAACCACGCGAUGUUGAAGAGGAAGAAAUUCUUAAGAGUAUGGAGACACAAAUCAAUCACUUCCAGAACUUGAAUACUGUUGAUAUGACCACCUCGGAAGAUUAUAAUAGACAAUUGCUUAGACCAAAUAUGACUGGACCAGCACAAAUGUCUCAGAUGUUUAGUCCCUCUCCCGAGCCACAAGAGGAAGUGGGAUACCUUCAACCAAACAUGACUGGACCAGCACAAAUGGCAAAAUUACAACCAAACGUUACCGGGCCAGCAGAUAUGGCUCGACUAUUCCAACCGAAUGCUAGUAAUGAAAAUGGCAAUCCAACAAUAUCACUUCAAUCAUUUUCAAAUCAAUUGACUGGGAAUACUCUUUCCAAUACAGUCCAAAAUUCAAGAUCAUUUUCUCAGGGUUCACAGAAUAAUGAUAAUUAUAAUAGACCAAUGGCACCUCCACCAGUGCCGCAAAAUAGACGCAGUAGGUCUUCAUCUUCCCCAACCCCGCGGGUAUCUUCUCCACUAUCAUCCAUAUACACACAGCCUCAACCUCAACAACCAAUGUUUGAAGCACCCGUGCCACCUCCAGUUCCGCCUAGAAAUGUUUCAUCACCACAGAAUGGAAGGUCACAGCCACCACCACCCCCACCAUCUAGAAGACGGACAGCAAGUACGGCCAAUUCCACUAUAAGCCCACCACCACUUCCUCCGAAAGUAAGCAUUCACGAAUCUCCAUAUGAACAACCACCGAUUUAUACUAACGACAACGGGAACGACAGUACCUCGAACCUUCUUACUGAUUUGAAAGCUCUUCAAGAUGAAGUUGAUAAAAUUAGAAAUAUGACAGGAGGGUUUUAACAUUUUAUUUCAUAUCAUUAUAUAUACAAUAUAUAUCAUAAACAUC